AUGACCAAAGUUGCUGUCCUCGGAGCCUCGGGCCAAAUUGGCCAGCCAUUAAGUCUCCUCCUCAAAUCGAGCCCUUUGGUUACUGAGCUUCGACUUUACGAUGUCGUCCACGCAAUUGGUGUCGCCACCGAUCUUAAUCACAUUGACACUCGCGCCAAAGUGUCAGGCUACUUGCCCGCGGACAAUGGCCUCGAGAAAACACUUACGGGAGCGGAACUCGUCAUCAUCCCCGCCGGAAUCGCGCGGAAACCUGGCAUGACGCGCGAUGAUCUGUUCAAGACCAACGCGAACGUAAUUGCCGAUCUCCUCUCAGGAGUAGCAAAGUUCUGCCCGACGGCAUUCGUGGCCAUAAUCACGAACCCCGUAAACAGUACCGUGCCCAUCGCAGUUGAGGUGCUCAAGAAGGCGGGCGUGUUCAAUCCACGCAAGAUAUUCGGCGUCACAACGCUAGACGUCGUUCGUGCAUCUACAUUCGUCGCACAUGUCCUCGGAGAGCAAGAUCCGCAGAAGUUCAAAGUCCCCGUGGUGGGUGGUCAUUCGGGGGCUACCAUUCUGCCUUUGUUCAGUCAAAGCCAGCCAUCCGUCGAACUAUCUAAGGAGCAGCUUGACGCUAUUACAUAUCGUGUGCAAUUCGGUGGUGAUGAGAUCGUCAAGUCGAAAGCGGGUGCAGGAUCAGCCACGACGUGCAUGGCCUAUGCGGGCUUCCGGUUCGCUCAAGCCAUAAUCAAGGCAUCCAAGGGUGAGACUGGUAUUGUAGAGCCUGCAUAUGUCUACCUCCCUGGCGUUUCGGGUGGAGAAGAGGUUGCGAAGAAACUUGGCAUUGAUUACUUUGCCGUGCCCAUUGAAUUCGGCGCGGAAGGCGCAACCAAAGCGUUCGAUAUCGGGAAGCUGUCGGCGUACGAAGAAGACUUGCUGAAGACGGCAGUGCAAGAGCUCAAGGGCAAUAUUUCCAAGGGCGAAGACCACGUCAGGGUAGCGACUCCGUAG